CACUGGUGUUUUUGUUUUGGGAAUUCCACAACGUCGCAGUUGACAAUGAGCGAUAAUAAUAGCUCGUCGGGCAUCAAGGAGGACGUCUUUAGCAUGGAGCACGACCAGGAUCUGAGCAGCAAGCACUACUCGCGCUGCAGCAGUGCGGGCAGCACCCACACGCCGAACUCCUCGGCGCACAACUCAGACGACGACGACGAUAGCGGCGAUGCGCGCCACUCGACGGCGGCCAAUUCCACGCUGAGCUACAAGGAGCGGCGGCGGGAGGCACACACACAGGCCGAGCAGAAGCGGCGUGACGCCAUUAAGAAGGGAUACGACAGCCUGCAGGAGCUGGUGCCGCGCUGCCAGCCCAACGACUCCUCCGGCUACAAGCUCAGCAAGGCGCUGAUCCUGCAGAAGUCCAUUGAGUACAUUGGCUACCUCAAUCAGCAGAAGCUCAAGCAGGAGGACGAGGGAUCGGCCCUGCAGAAGGAGGUGACAGCCCUGCGGAUCAUCAAGAAUGGCUACGAGAACAUGCUGCAGCAUCAGCAGGCGAAUCCGGGACCAGAGGAGGCACGCCUCACCGACGAGGCCAAGUUCCAAGUGUUCCAGGCCAUCAUGGAGGAAAUGUUCGAGACAUUCAAGCACAUACCCAUGGACAACUUCAAGCAGCUGACCACCGGCAUCAUCCCCUGGCUGGAGGAGCACUGUAAGCCGCACAUCCUGCGCAACAUCCUCAGUCGCACCAUGCAGCAAAUGGCGCAAGAGGCUCUCGAAAAACAGCAGCUCCAGGCCAUGGAACAGGAAACUGGCGAGGGCUUCAGCUGAUCGAGUGGUUAGUCCAUCCUCUCAUUUGUUACUUUAGAAAUCCCUGUUUGGUAGAUACUUUCGUUUCGUUUACUGCGUACAAACAUUAAAUGCGUCAUUUGAAUAGUUGUAAAA